GAAUGGUGUCCUCACCAGAUCCAUCAAUCGCAUAUGCUAAAAGCAUAGUUCAACUAGAUUAUUAUGGUAAAUGUGAUGAAUGUGGAAAAUCCUAUAGUGAUUUUCAUUGGUGUUCAACAUGCCAAAAUCAAGCUUUCAAACGAGAAUUUAGAAGGUGGACUAGUGGUAACAUAAGCAUAGAUCGAAUAAUACAACAAACUCAACUUGAAGCAAACAGAAGUGAUGAUUAUCUAGAGUGGAUCCCGUUUGAAAAUUUUGAAGCAGUUAAAUAUUUAUCACAAGGUGCUUUUAGUACCAUAUAUUCUGGAUAUUGGAUCGAUGGUCCUAGACGGAAUUGGAUUGAGGAUGACUGGUUUAGAGAUGGUCCAACUAAAUGUGUAUUGAAAAGGAUUGAAAAUUCUCAACAAAUCAGUCAAUAUUAUCUAGAUAAUGUUAUGAAACAUAAUAUAUGUCUUAGAGGCGGGCCUUUAGCAGAUUACUUUGGGAUUUCACGUGACCCAACUGGUUGUUAUAUGCUUAUUAUGAAAUUUUAUGAAAGAAAUUUAUAUCAAUAUCUUGACGAAAAUAUGGAAGUUCUUCGCUGGAGAGACAUAAUAGAAAUUCUUUUAAGAGUUGCAGAUGGUCUUGAACGAAUCCAUGAGAAUGAAUUAUAUCAUGGUAAUCUACAUGGAGGCAAUUUGUUAUUUGAAGAUAAUCCAGACAAAAUUUCUCAUGAUCUUGACCUUUUAACUAGAAUAUGUAACGGAUUGCGACCAGACAUAAUUGACGGCGCUCCGGAAGUAUAUAUAACACUAAUGAAAAAAUGCUGGGAUCAAGAUCCAAACAAUCGUCCAAAAGUUACAGAAAUAAAUAAAAUUUUAAGAAAUUGGAUGACAACAAUCAAUCAUAAUAGUACAUCAACAAUUUCAGUACAAUUUAACAAUGCAGAAGACAAAAGAAAAUUAAAUUCUAAGCAUAUAAUUUUCAGGCAUCGAGCUAUUCAUCCUAAAGCUAUAUACACUAGUCAAUUAUUAGAUUUUAAUGAUUCGAAAUAA